UGGAGGCUUUUUGUAAUUUGUCACUGAAAAAAAUAUUUUUUUUUUUGUUGUUUUUAUUUUAUUUGACAAUAAAAUAAAAAUGUGUGAACUGCCAUACCGGUUCAAACGGUUUCCCGAAUCCAAAAAAUUCGUCAUUAGCUAUUCAUAAUUCCAAUCUCUGGUAUAUUGAUGCCGAUUAUAAAUUGAUGAGAUAGCGCAGUUGUAAGUCAUUAAGUUUCUAGCAUUCAACAGUCUAGCACUACCAAACACCACCAAAAAUCUCAACAUGAAAUUCGUCAUUGUUUUCGUUGCCCUUUUCGGUUUGGCUUUGGCCGCUCCACCACAAUCUGCUAACGAUGCUGUCAUCGUCCGUUCAGACUCUGAAGUAGGACCUGAAAGCUACCAAUACGCUGUUGAAACCAGCGAUGGCAAGUCUGCCAGCGAAGAAGGUCACUUGGAGAACGUUGGAUCAGAAGAUGAAGCUAUUGCCGUCAAGGGACAAUUCAGCUACGUUGGUGAUGAUGGUCAAACUUACUCCGUCAGCUACAUCGCCGACAGGAACGGUUUCCAACCAUCAGGUGCUCAUUUGCCAGUUGCCCCAGCUGUCUAACUUGUUGAAUCUUUUUGAUCUGUUUAUCCUGCCUAUCUCUGUCUAUUUAUUGUGUUUAUCUCUCAAAAAUGAAAGAUAUUCCAAUGAUAGACCUACAAAAAUGUUGUUAACUAGUCUAAGCGAAAUAUAA